CGGACGGUAUUAUUUGCUGGCUCACUGCGCGGUCACACUGCUACUUUUAUUUGACGACGUAGGAGCUGAAAAAAUUGUGGAGUGAAAAAUUGAAAAAGUGCCCGAAAAACUAUAAUUUGGCCAGCAAUCUUACCACUUUCAGCACACCAGCAAUGAACAUGUACAACGGACAGGUGAACGCCUACGGCGGUGGUGGUGGAGGAGCGGGCGGCGGCCUUCCCGGUGGCAUGGUGCCAAAUCGCAUGGGCGGAGGAGCUCCCGGGGGCGGACCCGGCGGAGCGGGCAUGUUCCAGCGCAACCGCUCGGCUCCCUAUCCGGGAUUCAAUGGGCACGGACCCGCCAACGGAGGACAGCGCCGCAUGAACGGCGGCGGUCCUGGCAUGGGACCCGGAGGACCCCGCGGCCAAGAGGGCUUCGGCGGCCAGAACGGUGGCCAGCGCUCUUCCAACCACGGCGCCCACUUGCCCAAGAUCGUUUGGUCCGAGGUCAACCUCACGCCAUUCCGCAAGAACUUCUACAAGCCCUGCGAAUCGGUGCUAGCCCGCACUCCCGGCGAGACCGAGACCUUCCUCACCAGCAAUGAGAUCACCAUUAAGGGGGACCAGGUGCCCACACCCAGUAUUGAGUUCGAGGAGGGCGGCUUCCCCGACUACGUGAUGAACGAGAUCCGCAAGCAGGGCUUCGCCAAGCCAACGGCCAUUCAGGCACAGGGUUGGCCCAUCGCUUUGAGCGGACGCGAUCUGGUGGGCGUGGCCCAGACCGGAUCGGGCAAGACCCUGGCCUACGUAUUGCCAGCGGUGGUGCAUAUCAACAACCAGCCACGCCUGGAGCGUGGCGAUGGACCCAUCGCCCUGGUGCUGGCUCCCACUCGGGAGCUGGCCCAGCAGAUUCAGCAGGUGGCCAUCGAGUUUGGCAGCAACACGCAUGUGCGCAACACCUGCAUCUUUGGAGGGGCCCCCAAGGGUCAGCAGGCGCGCGAUCUGGAGCGCGGCGUGGAGAUUGUGAUUGCCACACCGGGACGACUGAUCGAUUUCCUCGAGCGGGGCACCACCUCGCUGAAGAGAUGCACCUAUCUGGUGCUGGACGAGGCCGAUCGUAUGCUGGACAUGGGCUUCGAGCCCCAGAUCAGGAAGAUCAUGCAACAGAUUCGCCCGGACCGUCAGGUUCUGAUGUGGUCCGCCACCUGGCCCAAGGAGGUGCGCCAGCUGGCCGAAGAGUUCCUUAAUAACUAUAUUCAGGUGAACAUUGGGUCGCUGUCGCUGAGCGCCAACCACAACAUCCUUCAGAUCGUGGACGUGUGCGAUGAGAACGAGAAGCUGAUGAAGCUGAUCAAGUUGCUGACGGACAUCUCGGCGGAGAACGAGACCAAGACGAUCAUCUUCGUCGAGACCAAGAAGCGUGUGGACGAGAUCACGCGCAAUAUCUCCCGUCAGGGCUGGCGCGCUUGCGCCAUUCACGGCGAUAAGUCGCAGCAGGAGCGCGACUUUGUGCUCUCGAGCUUCCGCAAUGGCCGGCACUCGAUCCUGGUGGCCACCGAUGUGGCUGCCCGCGGACUCGACGUUGACGAUGUCAAGUUUGUGAUCAACUAUGAUUAUCCUUCGAACUCGGAGGACUACGUGCACCGCAUUGGACGCACCGGACGCUCCAACAACACCGGCACCGCCUACACCUUGUUCACGCACUCCAACGCCAACAAGGCCAAUGACCUGAUCCAGGUGCUGCGCGAGGCCAACCAGACCAUCAACCCCAAACUGAUGAACAUGGCCAUGAGCGGGGGCUACAACAAGCGCGGCGGCGGCAUGGGUGGUGGCUACCGUGGCGGCAACGGCUACCAGGGUCGCAACCAGCAAAUGGGUGGUGGCUACAACGGCGGCAACAACUAUCGUAACAACAACGGUCCCGGAGGCAACAUGAAUCGCAAUGCCUUCAACGGAGGCGGAGCUGGUGGACCACCUCGUUUCGACCAGAAGCCACGCACCUCGCCGCCAAACCAGGGCGGUCAGGGCGGAUACCGCGGCCAGGGAGGCAGUGGCUACCAGGGCCAGCAGCAGCAGCAGCAGCAGAACGGCGGAGUGCCCUUCUCCCGCUUCAAUCCCAAUGCCGCUUGCUUCGAGCCCAACAAGGCACAGAACGCUCCGGGAUCUGUGCCGCCACAGGCGCAACAUCAGCAGCAGCAGCAGCAACAGCAGCAGCAGCAGGCACAGGCUGCCCAGCAGCAACACCUGCUGCCCGAUGCCUCCGUUCAGGCGGCGAUGGCAGCGGCCAACUACGGAGUCGAUCAGAAGCGCUCCCGUUUCUCGCCGUACAACAUGAACUUCGCCAACAUGCCCCCGCCACCGAUGAACCAGCAGCAGGCAGCUGCGGCGGCGGCCCAGCAGCAACAGUUGCAGACACCCCAGCAGCAGCAGCAACCACAGGCUUACGGCCAGUACUCGUCGAUGUCCUCCAGCAUGGCAACCGUGUCGCUGAACGGAGGAGCAACGGCGGUGGCCAACUCUUACCGCGCCCAGUAUGCAGUGCCCACGCAGGCGGCUCCCUAUAUGAUGGCGAACGGCGGCGACAUCUUUGCCUACCCGCCGCCCCCGCUGCCCGUGCAGAACUAGAGGCUCUAUAGUUCAAAAGAGGCUACCAAAUUGUAGAUCCUGCUCUACUGUAAUUUCCUUUCCCCACACGAACAUUACACGCACAUCCAUACACCCACCCGUAUCAAUGUACACAAGUCACGAUUACGAUUACAAGUCCAGGGACUUCAUGGGGAAGAUGUUAGAUGAGCGUCGUUGAUGUACGUUUCGUGUAGAUCUCCUCCGCCCACGUCGUAGCUAUAUAAUAUGGUUUAAUCUGGAAUCAAAUACGCUUUUAAUUUGAUAAAUCUCUUCGUUUCCCCCAAAACAAAACCCCAAUUUAGUUGAUAAGCUUUUGGUUUAGUCAAAUUGUUAGGGCAUUCGAGUGCCGAUCAUCGAUGUUGUUGGCAUUUAUAUUUCCACAGCCCUGGGCGUAUUUGAUUUCUUUAUACAAUUCUCGAAUAUUGUACCUAUCAUUCAUACACUGCAAAAGAAAUGUUUGCAAUGCUCCAAACAAACCCAAGCCAAAAGAGAUUGGAUUCAAUCGGUUUACUAGGAAACACUAGAAGGGGAAAACACUCCCGCGCACACCUUUCACACUAUCGGACACACACGUACACAUAAGAAACAAUGUCAAUUUCUUAGAAUCAAAUGCGUAUUAUUAUGUCAUCUUAAACCAUAUUAUGUGACUAGUCUAAUGAAUUGCUUAGCUGGAUACUUUCACACAGUAACAAAAUUAAACAUACAAAUAAAACAAAACGUCUAAAUACUUUCAAAAAUAAAAUGUAAUUCCAUUUUAUGUGAGCCCAUAAGUAUGAAUUGAUAACAAGAUAUAAAUAAAGGAAUUAAUUAGAAGUUCAA